AACACCAAUCAAACAGAGUUAUAAUCUUCAGUGCCGAAACAUUUUUUCUACUUCCUGCAAAAUAUAAACAAUUACGCACAAACCAAAACAAAGGAAAGUGAAAAGUGAAAAAUUGUUAAAACAUGCCGUUUCUAGGACAAGACUGGCGAUCACCAGGGGAUCAGUGGGUGAGAACAAAAGAAGGAUGGGAAAGACUUAAGUUAUGGAGGAUAAAAGUGUUUGAAAAUUUAAACGAAAGCAUCCUUGCAAGGUUAAUCCGAUUGGCUGUAUUAAAUUUUGAAGGCGAGAAUGGCAAUGACCAGUACACGCACCAACCAAGGAUUCAUUUCAUCAAAACUUUGUCAAGAGAGCGUAAAGUCGUGACGACAUUGAGCGAAUCUUUCAUCCUUCUAGAUAUGACAGGUGCUGUGAAAGAUAUCAGAAGGUUUAAUUAUGUCAAAAAGAUACUUCAUUUAUUGUUGAGUCAAAGUUUAGUGAACAUGUCAGGAACUUCACAGAAAUAUAUCUUUAGUAUAUUAGACGAAAUGGUAAAUCAAGUUGUAAAGACUAAGAACAACAUGAAAGCCAUGACAGAUUUACUUGAUUGUGCCACAAAUUCUUUAAAUGACGGUAGAUAUAGCCAUAUUGGAUGUACGACCUUGUGGAACAAACAUUUCCAAGCAGUUCAAAAAAUGAAAAACAAAUUGAAUGGUUGCAAAACUUUCACGAGAAAGGAAGAUGGUAAACCUACAAUAUCUGAUUUACCAGAAGAUUGUAUAAGAUGUAUCUUGGAAAGACUGGCCGACCAUAAAGAUGUAGUCCACACUGGCAUGACAAAGUCCAGUAUCUUUCAUAUCACAGAAUCACAGCUCAUAUGGAAACACAUGAGUUUCUUCCAUUUCACGGACAGACAGUUACUUACCUUUGUACCAGACCAACUUGGUGUGGACGAAGACUUUAUUAACUGGAAACAUAUCUACAGAAAAUGCUUCUUGAGAUAUGGAAGAAAAGAAAUCUAUGCAGAUACAUUGGCAAUAUGUUUACAUUGUGACAACAUCUUUUGGAAGUCAAUUGGUCAUCCCUGUAUCAGUGAACAAGAGCCAGCUGCCAGAAUCCUUCAGCCAGAAGCUUUUCUGAAACUGUUCCAUUUCUGAAUCUCCAUGGUAACUACAGAUCUCAGCGCAAGGAUAAUCAUACAAUCAGAUCUGAAAUCGUAAACAAUGCAAUAAACAUUUAUUGGAAUACAAGUGUUCAUUAAGAAAAUGCAAUAAAUAAGUGAUACUUAAAUGGCUGGAAAAGUCCAAGCAACUAAAAUUGCCAGAACAUGACAAUUUGUUAUUUUAGAAUCUUAAGGUCAUAUUUUCAAGGGCAUCAAAAUAUUGUUGCGAUUGGUUAUAAUUAACCAAUGAACAUUCAGCAAAUGCAAUGGCAUAUUGUUUUUUUCAUUUUUGCUUAACAAAAACAAGAUACAAAUGGCAAGUCUGAUUUUGAAAUCCAAUUGGAAAUAUGUUAUCUUUUCUUGUUUGUGUGUUGUUUAUGUUGUUUGUUUAAUGUACUAUUUUUUUGGUCCAAUACUGUUAUACAUUGUUUGGAUUGGACCAGUUGUAUAUAUUAGGUAAAAAUAUUUUUCUAUAAUAGAUGUGAUGAAUGCUUGCCUAUUUUCUCAACAUUAAUCUGUGAUAUACCACUUUUACAUAUUAAUUACUGUUGUCAUGGUGAUAUUCUGCCAUUUUACCACAAAUUAUUGUUGUCUGGGUAUAUUGUUAAUCAUCUAGUCUAAACUGGCUAGUUAGAUAGUCUUUCAUUAUUGUCCCAUUUAAAAUUCUGAUUAGUUUGUAGUACAUGUGCUAAUAUUUUUGCAAUUUCUGUUUAUUUUUCCUUUAACUAUUUUAAGUUCAACAAUUAUAACAAAUUGUGUUUAAAUGCAAACUUGCCACAAACUGUUACAUGUUUUAAUAGUAUAGCAAACUUUUGUUUAAUAAUAAUAAUAAUAAAUUCUUUAUUUAACAAAGGUAACUCAUUUAACAUACAAUUGUUAAUCUCACACAAGGCCUUCACACAUUUAAAUGAAUAAUUCAUAUAACAACGCAUAUGGAACAAUAACAAAUAAAUAUGUACACAAUUACAAAAUAUUUAUUAAGUCUUGCAUUAAAUUAUUUCCUGUUUUAACAUUAUAGAUCUUUGUUUCAUGUUCUGUCAAAAUUUAAUAUUACAGAGUUGCAUAACAUUUCAAGUUCAAAAUGUAUAACAUAAAACUUUUAACAAACUCAUUGGAUAUUUAUUUACUUUAAACAGAUCUGGAUUUGCUUAUAUUAAAUCCUAACUAGAGGCAAACAUAUGGUUUCACGAAUAGUGAAAUAUGUCAUGCGGCUGCCAACAAUUUCCGUGCAAAACAAAAGUAGUGUAAACAAUGCUUUUAAAAUAUUCUUGAGGGGGAUAGGAGGGUCCUGAUUCCAAAAUCCCGGGCUUAAAAAACAAAAUUCCGAAAUCCCGAGGUCCUGAAAUGCGAAUAAAGAAUUCCCAGAUCCGGAAAGGGUCAAUCCCGAAAUCCUGAGCUUAAAAAUCCCCGAUCCUGGAGUCCCGAUAAAGGUCCUAUCCCCCCUCAUUCUUACAGUGACUAGAGUAGUUCAUUUGAAUCUCAGAAGACAUCAUAAAUUGUGCUGAUUAUAAAGAAAAUUUAGUGCUUUGUCCUGUUACAUUCAGGGAAGUUUUAUUAGUGCAUUUACUUUCAUUUGUUAUAUAUUCUGGAGUUUGAAAUUUUUUAUUGACCAUGUCAAUUUUUAUAUAAAAACAUGAAUAUAUGUUUUUAAAUAUAUUCGUUCAAGUUGAAGUUUUGUCUUUCAUGUUGUUGGUAUGAACUGAUACCAAUCUAUAUCUAUAUCAUUGUUACAUAUUAUUUUACAAGUUUGUUUUUUUUACUUGUCUCAAGCAUUUAUUGUUGUUAAAAUUUAUAAAUCAGAAAGUUUUUGUGUCUCUUUUUUGAUGUUGUUAUGUUGCCCAUGCAUUUGAGUAAACAUAUAAAUUCUAUUUAAUGCAAUAUAGCUUUUUGCCUAUUUGAUAAACAUGUAUACAAAUUAAUACAAGAUCAUCAAUCAAGUUUGUAUAUUGUUCAUAAU